AUGUCGAACCGAAACGCCCGUCGCGCCUUGGUGGCAGAACGCCCGUCUGAGAUCGCUGGUGAGGCGUCCAGCAACGCUCUUGUUGUCUACGAUCAACCCGCCUUGGAGCUUCAGCUCACAGUGCCUGACCCGAAUACCGAUGUCGCAGUGGCCUACACGUCGAUUGACGGAAACGUUGCCAGGACGAUCGAAAUGGUCGAGGAAGCCUUUCACCAUGCCAAACUGUACACUGCCGAUGAAGUGGAAGAGAUGUUUGAGCUCCUUCGUGAGCAGUCCUCUGGCCUCUGCAGCCUAGCGUUGGCUGCCAAAGCGCAGUACGACAAAUCCCUUCAGGAUAUGAAGGAGCGCGCUGGUCACUACGUGAAGAAGCAAGCUGAAAUCAUCCAAGGACAUGAACAGCACACCAAUAACACGAUUGCUGUCCAACACCAGUCAAUCCUGACCCUCCAGCAGAACUUCUCUCGCCUCACUCUCCACAACGGUUGCAUGCGCGGAGAGAACCGCAGCCUGACCAAUGAGAACUAUGCGCUUCGUGAGAGACAGGCACUGAUCGAGGGCUUCAACGCGAACUUGCAGAACCAGAUGUGGAUCCUGCAAGAGCAACACAAGCGCAAGCUUGACGAGCUUGUCCAGAAGCACAAGGAAGAGAAGGAGUGCUGCGACGAGCGUCUUUUCAAGGCGUUCAGGACGAUCAGUGAGAUCAAGAAGUGUAACGAAAGCCUCAAGGAGGACGCAGAGAAAGCGGUGGAUGCUGCCAUGAUGAACCUUGAGAAGAGAUGCCAGGAGUAUGAGGAGGCAAAGAAACUCCGCAUCGAGAUCAAGACUCUCAAGGACAAGAUGAAGGCCAUCGAGGAGGAUGGUACGAAGCUUGUGGAGUCAAAGCUUCGGGAGAUGCAAGCCGUGAGGAAGUUGAACGUAGCAGAGAAGAGCAACCAAGAGCUCAGGAAGACACUGCAGGCUAAGUAUGAUAAGCCAGAUGAGCGGGAGAUGGCGGCAAUUGCUAAGCGUGACGAUAGCUCCGGUAAGCCUAAGGAUACCAUGGUCAAGCUUGACCAGCUCUACGAGCAGCUAGCGGAUCAAAAGAAGGCGAACAAUGAGCUUCAAUUCGAGCUCAGCGAAACCAAGGACUGUUCGGAAUACUUCGCUCUCCAGGCCAAGGAGGCAUGCAAGCGCGAGCUCCGAGCUCUCAGUGAGCUGGCUGAGCUGAGGCGUCUCUGUGCGCAGAAGGGUAUUUGCCCCGAAAUCAAGGACAAGUGA